GGAGCGAAGAAACAGCUUUUGUUUUUCGGUUGCAAUUUAAUCCAAGCAAACAAGUUUGUGUAGUGUCGUUUUCGAAAGGUGUUUUUUUUCCUGUUCGAGUAAACCGUCCCUGGUGGUUAAAAUUUGAAUUUAAAAUUGAAGUCGACACAGAACAACGAAAAUAAUGGACCGUUUGGCGAAGCUACGCCACCGCUCGUCGACGGGAUCAGGACCGCUGAACGUCAGCUCGACGUCGAUGGGGAAUGGAGUUGGUUAUGAAACGGCUAAUGACGACAGUCUGACUUCUGGAUGUUCAUUGUAUUUUUCCAUCAACGAAGGCAACGAAACGAAUGCUGCUGAAGAGCUACCGUUGGCGGAGAAGACGUUGAACUCGAAGGGCACAUCGGAUAAUACCAUUGAUAAAACGCUCGAGAACGAUUUUUCUGUGGAGGAAGUUAGUACCAUUCGUAAACCGAUGAUAGCACACGCAUCGCCGGCUACAGUUAAGAUCGCCAGCAAGAUGAAAGUCAAAUAUUUGGGCGUAGCCUCAACGCCGGCUCGUACGCUUAAAAAAGCGAAAGAAGCAAAAACUCCUGCAAGUGAGAAAGUAAAUCUCAGUGGCUUGGCGAGGUUGGAAGAAUCGGUCGAGACAAAAUCGUGCUCGAUGAUGGAAAAGAUGAGAGAACCGAAAGUUUCUGAAUGUUCUACGGAUGAUGGAGACGAGUCAAAGAUAGCGCUGGACAGCAGCGCCAUUCCUGUGCCCCCGGAAGGUAACAAAUCUUUUGGAGCAAAUGUGUUGGCCAACUUUUUUGCUACGUUGGAUGUAAACAAGUGUACACCGCUUCCGGACAUUAAAGUGAGCCAACCUGAGGAGGAGAAUCGGACUGACAAAACUCCGAGCAAGGGUCGUGACUCAAAUUCAUUGCAAAGCUUCUUUGAGUCGUUGAAGAAAAAUCCUAUCGAACAGGAAAAGGAAAAUAAACCGCUAUCAGACAAAAGGAAAAGCGUGCGUAAGUCACUGAUACCCACAAAGUCAGCUGAAGAACGUCCCAAAACAAGAAUUUCCCUUAUGUCAGCGACCAGCGAAAAUCGAGUAGCCUCGCCAAUCUCUAAGGCCUCUCGAAAGUCUAACCUGGUUAGAUUGAUUCCGGACAAACUGAAAGAGAUGCGCAAGGCGAAUCAAUCGGAUCUUGUCACAUUCCAGCGAAAACCUACUAUUCCACCACCGAAGGUGGCUGCGGUAACGAAAACAACCGAACCCACGAAACCGUUGGCAUUUCGGGAGGACAUCGUUGGCGAUUCGAUCAAAGUUACUGGAAACAGAAAGUCUACACUUCCACCGCCGAAACCUUUGCCUGGUGUUGCAUUGAAGCGAAAGACGAUGGUUCCGACAGUUGCCGCGUCUAGAAAAUCUGUUCUGCCGGCGAUCAACUCUCGCCGGUCGGUUGUACCGGCGGUAAAUUCAGUUCAAUCGAAGAUUAUUCCACUAAGGGUUCCAGCUAAAACAACAAUUACCAGCAGUGACACAUCCCUGAAAACUUCUCUUGGGAAAAGAUCCAGCACUCUUGCACCGAUCGAAGGAACUGAACCUGUGGCGAAACAGCGCAAAUCGCUUGCACCCGUUAAGGAAGCAAGUCCUCGAGUAUCUCCCCGGACUACGGCGGCUAAAGCUACAUCUCGAAUCCGUCCGCCAACGACGACCGGAACAUCGGUAGCCGCGUCGGGCUUUAAAAAGCCGGAAACAUUUGCAUGUGACAAGUGCCAGCGCUCGUUUCGGCUCAAAUCCUCACUGGAUAGUCAUCGGAAAUUAACGCAUCAAAAUGGCAGUUCGUCCGUUACUUCCAGCAACAAUAACAACAAGAGCAAUGACGGUUCUGCUUCCGACAAUCAGUGCCUUUUCUGUUCAAAAUAUUUCGCCAAUGCGAAAAUUCUCUCCAGUCACGUCAUUCACAACUGUCUCAAAGUUCCUCUGUUGGAAAAACGAAAAUUACUUGCUCAGCAGGAGGACCAACGUCGAGCUGCCAACGUUCGUUCUAUCGAACGUACGAAUACAUCUCGCACCGCACCUCUUCGUACCACAACCCGGUCAAAACUGGUUUCCGCUGGAAGCAGCAAUGCCAGCAAUCGGUCAGUUGAUGUACCGCUUUCGGAAACUGCAACUUCCAGCAGCUCUCCGGAUACCAGUUCAGCAUCUAUAUCUUCGCUGACGACCGGCAGCAAGAAACGUCAGCCUGCUAGCGGCAAACCACGAACCGUAGGUCACACGGGAAUAACUCGAACGCCGAAGAAGGAAAUCAAGUGCCAUCACUGCAGCCGAAAGUUUGUCAAUGCGGUCGAGUAUGCUUUGCAUGUACAGGCACACGCCAGGAACGGGCUGCAGCCGUUGAACAAUCCGCUUGAUGAGGAUCCGAAGGGAUCCUCGGAUGGUGAGGCUAUCCAGCGGCAUGAGGUGGCGAAUAUUGUGCAAAAGCUGGCGACCAUAAGGAACCGAUUUAACAGCAAGUAACGACGGACAGUGGGGGCUCGUUGGGCAGAAUUUAACGACGAAGCUGUCAGAUGUUCACAUAUUUAUUGUUUUAUAGAUACCCAGUGGUUUUGGCCGCAUCGUUAGUAGCUAUUGAAGCGAAUUUUCCUUUCCGAUGAUUUCUAAUUUGAUAUUCCUUAUUAAUUCGUAGUCAAAUUUGAAGACGAACAAAUUUUAAUAAUAAAUACUAAUUUUUUCUUGAGAA